GCAUACUGAAUACAACAAUUUGCAGUCACAAUACCAACUUCUCAUCAUCGUCAAACUCAUCUCUAAAGAUAUAUUCUCCGAUCACUUGGAACAAAUAUGGAAGAUGAUGAGAUCAUGAUAGACAUAAAUGCAAUAAUGACAAAGAAUAGAGACGAAGAUGGCCUCUCCUCGCGUUUGCGGUGUAUUUACAGGGUGCCUCCAAUGAUUCGUCAUCUAAAAAGGCAAGCUUACACUCCACAGGUUGUUUCCAUCGGUCCCUUCCACCAUGGUGACAAGAGGUUGAAAGACAUGGAGAGGCACAAAGAAAUAGUGUUCAAAAGAUUUGUAGAAAAAUCAGCUAUGGUAGACUUGGACACUUUGGUCAACUUUGCAAAACAGUCUGAGCUCAAGGUUCGUGCUUCGUAUUCAGAGAACAUCAAUCUUAGCAAGAAAGAUCUUGUUAAAUUGAUAUUAGUGGAUGCUGCUUUCAUCAUUGAGCUCUUUCGGAUGUCCUAUGAACGUGUUCCUGAGAUAUUCAAAGAUGCUAAACUAUCACAAUUAAAGUUGAGGGAAGCUGUAUAUCUUGAUUUGCUUUUACUUGAGAAUCAACUUCCCUUCUUUUUUCUUGAAGAGCUAUUCAAUAUAGCAUUUCCGAUUGAUCUUAGUGUUGACUGUCGUUCAUUUCUUGAGCUUACAUAUUCCUACUUUUGCAGUGGUAACAUUCAAAGUUUAGAGCCUCAUUCCAAUAUCAGGAUAAAGCACUUCACAGAUCUUCUUAGAUUAUUUUACUUACCGGAAAGAAAAUCGAUAAGGCAUGGGUUCAAAGGGGAUAGAUCUGAUUUUCCUUCAUACAGCGCAAACGAGUUACAAGAAGCAGGAGUAAAGUUGAAGAAAAGUACAAGCAAGUGUUUACUAAACUUGAAAUUUUCAAGACCUGUUCUAGAGAUUCCUCAAAUUCAUGUCGACGACGCCACUGAAACUUUGUUUCGUAAUAUGAUAGCUUUAGAACAAUGUCAUUAUCCUUAUGAAUCUUACUUUGUGGACUAUAUUUUUGCAUUGGAUUGCCUAGUCAAUACAAAUAAAGAUGUGGAGGUCCUCACUCAUAAGAAGAUUAUUGAAAACUGGCUGGGUGAUGCGGAUGAGGUUGCUGCAUUAUUUAAUGGUCUUGGAAAAAAUAUAGGCAGCAGCGAUUUCAGUGUUGAAUACCUUGACACUUGGAGAAGGUUGAAUAAGUUCUAUCAAGAUCCUUGUCACAAGAGAUUGGCAACUUUGAGAAGAGAUUACUGCAACACACCUUGGCGAACAGUGGCUUCAAUUGCUGGAAUCAUACUUCUCAUUCUCACCAUUAUUCAAACCAUAUUUUCUAUCCUCCAAGUAGUAUAGAAGCAUAGCUAGCUAGAUUUGAAGCUUGUAGAAUUAAUUUAAUGUUCUGUACUGGGAAUUUUUGUUCCCGUAUUCAGCGUUUCUACAGCACCAUGUGUAACCAUAUAAAUAAUAAUCGCAAUCCUCAUGCUUCGUUUUCUUUA